AUUAGAAUAGAAGGUGCAUUCUUUGCCAAGCUGGUUGCAACAUUACCGAGUGGCAAAACCACAUCCAGCCAUUCAAUGGUGUACAUCAGCAGCUCCAUCAGAGCUAUGUACCUGUCAUAUAAGUCGCUGCUUAACCUCGGCCUACUAUCAAAGAAGUUCCCCUCACCUGAAGGCACACAGAACAAUAGUGCGACGAACCGCCUAAAUGCGACACCCGCACCCCUGUCAACCAACGCCAAUCGGUUCAUCAACAAUGGCUGUGAAGGACCACAAACUUCCAGUCAUGCCGCGUGCUCAUGUCCCCAGCGAACGGCCCCAUCAUUACGUCCCGCUGAGCUGCCAUUUCCUUGCAUCCCAGAAAACAACAAACAGAUGAAAACCUGGCUCCUCGAGAGAUGCGCAUCAUCAGCCUUCAAUACCUGCCCUCACCAGGCAUUGCCAUGCAUGGAUGGCCCACCUAUC